UAGCUUAGUUAAAAAAUAAAAUUGAAAAGGGUAUAAUUGAGUAUGAUAAUGGUGGUAACCCUAACAACAUGCACUGGCUGUUAUUCAUUCUUCUUCUUCUUCUUCAGCUCCAUUGAUCGGCUACAGGAACAGAAGCAAUGUUGGUGGAACACUUGAUUCUCCGCCAUCACCAUUCCCCACCACAACCCUCAAUAUGAAGAAGAAUCAAUAUCCAAUUGAAGUUGUUUUGCUCAAACAUGUUGCAUUCUCUGCGCAACAUCGGUAGCCGAGUAAGCUUCUUCUACUCCUCAUCUCGUCGAUACCCAUUUCCCCAUUUCCUCACCCUUCCAUCUUCCCCCUAUAAAGAUUCGAUUUUUGCAUCCCCCAUGAUUUGGGUCACAAGCUUCAUGUGUGUUAUCAGAUACCCUUUUGCCUCAAAACCUUCUUUUGACGACAUUGUCUCUGAGACAGUGCGUAGUUUCUUGCAAAAUGAUGAUGCACACCACAUGUUUGAUUCAGUGCUUGCACCUAUUUGGGUGUCUAAGGUUUUGGUGAAGCUGAAAGAGGACCCAAAAUCAGCCUUGAAGUUCUUCAAAAUGGCAGGGGAACGAGUCGGGUUUCGCCACUCCUCGGAGUCUUAUUGUAUCCUUGCUCACAUUUUGUUUUGUGGGAUGUUUUAUGUUGAUGCAAAGAAUGUCAUUAAGGAGUGGAUUUUGUCUAGGAGGGAAUUUCCGGGUUGUGAUUGGUUUGAUAUGUUGUGGUUGAACAGGAAUGUUUGUCAGGCAGGGCCUGGUGUGUUUGAUUGUUUGUUUGGUGUUUUGGUGGAGCUGGGGAUGCUUGAGGAAGCUAGUCAGUGCUUUUGGAAGAUGAAGAAGUUCAGGGUUUUGCCAAAAGUGAGGUCCUGUAAUGAGCUUCUUCACAGGCUUUCAGAAUCGGGCAAAGGGAAUUUGUCGUUGAGUUUUUUCAAGGACAUGGUUCGGGCUGGCCUUUCGCCCUCAGUUUUUACAUAUAAUAUAGUGAUAGGCUAUUUGGCCAAAGAAGGGGACUUAGGAACUGCUAAGAGAUUGUUUGAACAGAUGAAACAGACAGGUGUGAUGCCAGAUGUAGUUACUUAUAAUUCUCUCAUUGAUGGGUAUGGGAAGCUAGGAUUAUUGACCGAAGCGGUUAUUGUUUUUGAGGAAAUGAAAAAUGCAGGAUGUGAGCCAGAUGUUAUAACAUUCAAUUCACUAAUUAAUUGCUUCUGUAAAUUUGAAAGAAUUCCUCAAGCUUUUCAGUAUAUGCGUGAGAUGAAGGAAAGAGGGCUGAGACCAAAUGUUGUAACUUAUAGUACACUGAUUGAUGCCUUUUGCAAGGCAGGCAUGAUGCUUGAAGCACUUAAAUUUUUUGUUGAUAUGAUACGUGUAGGUCUUCAACCCAAUGAGUUUACAUAUACAUCUCUGAUUGAUGCAAAUUGUAAAAUAGGCGAUCUGAAUGAAGCAUUGGAACUGGCUAGUGAUAUGUUGCGGGCUGGAUUAAAAUUAAACAUUGUCACCUAUACUGCAUUAUUGGAUGGUCUUUGUGAAGAUGGUAGAAUGAAAGAAGCAGAAGAAUUAUUUAGGGCAUUGUCAGAAGUCGAGGUGGCUCCUAAUGUGCAAAUUUAUACUUCUCUUAUUCAUGGAUAUAUCAAGGCUAAGAUGGUGGAGAGUGCCAUGAAUAUUAUAGAGGAAAUGAAUAAGAAAAACUUGAAACCAGAUCUGUUGCUGUAUGGAACCAAAAUUUGGGGUCUUUGUAGCCAAAAUAGAAUAGAAGAAUCUGAGGCUGUAAUACAUGAGAUGGUGGAUUGUGGUCUGACUGCAAAUAGCUAUAUAUACACAACCCUUAUGGGUGCAUAUUUUAAGGUUGGGAAAACCGUGGAGGCUGUUAAUCUAUUACAAGAGAUGCAGGAAAAGGGUAUUGAGACAACAGUUGUAACUUAUGGUGUACUAAUUGAUGGUUUAUGCAGAAAAGGUCUAGUUCAACAGGCUUUUAGUUAUUUUGACCACAUGACUAAAAUUGGUUUGCAACCUAACAUUAUGAUUUUUACGGCUCUGAUUGAUGGCUUUUAUAAAAAUGAUUGUGUUGAAGCAGCUGAUAAGCUGUUCAAUGAGAUGCUGGAUAGGGGAAUCAGUCCAGAUAAAUUAGUUUAUACUGCUUUGAUUGAUGGGAACCUGAAGCACGGAAAUCCUGAACAAGCUUUGAGUUUGCGAAAUAGAAUGGUUGAAAUGGGUAUGGAGCUUGACCUGAAAGCUUAUACUUCAUUGAUUUGGGGUUUUUCACACUGUGGUCAAGUACAACAGGCAAAGUCAUUUCUGGAUGAGAUGCUUGGGAAGGGCAUCAUUCCUGAUCAGGUUCUCUGUAUUUGUCUUCUGAGAAAAUAUUAUGAGCUUGGAGACAUCAGCGAAGCUCAGGAACUUCAUAAUGAUAUGAUGAGGAGGGGCCUUGUUUCUGGGACAAUGGACAUAACAAUUCCCUCUGUACGCACUUGAGAGGGUUUAUUUUAGUGGCCCACAAUCUACAUUAUUUCAUUUUUUUCUGAAGUUCAAAAAACUUCAUUGAAAUGAAUUUGAUGCAUCAUUAUAUAAUGGCAACUGAACUGACUAUCCUAAAUGGUGCGUUCCCAUUCUCAAAACACUUGUUUUCACAUGAUGUUAAUCCGCAGUUCUGGGACUAGCAUUUCAGUAUUCAUGCUCUCAUGUGAUCAUCAAGACAGCCAUAACAUGCCACUUUCCUGGUUUGAGAAAGUUUUUUGAUGCUUCUAGUGACUGAUUGUUAAUAUUCUAACUAGAAAGCUCAUGAUUAUAGAGCAUUUGCUUCUUUAAUCUCGUUACAUAAUUGAACAAGCAUACUGCUUCCCAAUCAGGAGCUUAUUCUCACAUCACUGCAAAUCCUUGUUACGGAAGAUGCAGAGUUGUUCAGCCGUGGUGGAUGACCUUGUUACCACUUAGGCGUACAAGGUUGCUAACUUGCUUAGAAGCUGAGGAGCUGUAUGCACCUUACAAUGGUCUCGCGUGUUUCGCCUCAUCCAAGCUCCAGCUAGAUGGCAUGGAUAAAGGUAAGGCCAUUAUGUGGGGUCCAAAGGUUCAUAGGUAGAAAUUUGUGGUGGCUCUCGUCCAAAUUUUGUAUCUAACACAGACACAUGCAGUCUAAAGAUGAACUGAAAUCCUCUGUCCUAUUUGGUGUCCUCUUCCCGUUUCCACCUAUUAAAUUAUGCCAUGUAAUUUAUAAACCACACAUAUAAGGUUAUAAUUGUCAUACUCAUGCCUACAUGACGAUUUUUAUUGGUGAGACAGUGAAUGAGACAGCAAAUGGGGACUGAGGUCAUCCUCUAAAGACCAUGAGUCGUGUUUUUCUAGAUAUCAGAAAGAUUUGGGACAGAAGAGCAGUGUUAUCAUAUAUCUGCCAUGGCGGAAUCUCAUGGCCGGUUUUUGCUCUCCGCCAUGACUGAUAUCUCGCCAUAAUCCACCAUCUGCCAUCAUUAUUUGCCAAAUAUGGCGUGUUUUUGGGCUCUCCGCCAUGGUCCGCAAUCUGACAUUAACAACAUUGCAAAAGAGUUUAUUUCAAUUCAAGGUGGAACAUCUCACAAGCUUCACAGAUGAUGACUGCUGUACUCACAAGUAUCUUACUGUUUGUUAAAACAUCACCCGCAUUCUCAGUUGUUUUGACUAGUCUUUUACGUCACAAAGAAAGAAUAACUGAACUGGAGAACGUGCCAAAACAAUGACUCCAAAAAAACUGCAAAUUAUUGGACUUAUUGGCAUGCAGUGUUUUCACUCCCAUCAUACUUGGUAUGUAUGUCAGUAUGUCAGUAUCAUGCAUGACAAAACUAUCAUGAAUCUCGAGCCCAUGCUAACAGAUAUGGAUUCAUUUUAAAUGCUACAAUGGACGUGCAAGGAAUGGGGGUGCACAUUGAGUAGAUUAGAUUUUCCUAGCAGACAGAAAUUCUGUAUUCAAUUUCUACCAACAAUUUUCCCUUUGAUAAACACUUCCAUGUUCAGACUUCAGAGCUCACAUGAUGUGAGUGAUGGAAUCCAAAGAAAAUUGGACCACAGGAAAUUAUUGUUAGUGGUGCAAUCUAGUGAAAAAGUGGAAGAGGGUAGUGAGAGAAGGAAAUGCUUGUGAUUUGUACCGAGUUUAGAUGAGGUUGUUUGUUUUGUGGAAACAGCAUAAAGGUUGAGAAAGCCAUGCAACUUUUAAGAGCAAAUUGUACAUAUUAGUUUGUUGGCUCCAUUUUUCUCCCCUUGCAUGCAUUGUUUAGUUUCCCUGAGGAUGAAGAUUAUUACUUGGUGUUUAAAUAGGAAAUAUAUGCAGAAUGUAUUUAAGUGUGGAUAUGUAGAAGCAUAUGCAUAUCAGAGAACAAUCAAUUUUAUAAUUUGUUUGUUACUUGUUAGGAUGACUUUAAAGGAAUGGGGAUGGAAGAUAAAUUAACUAUUUUCUUGUCAUGCUAAGUGCGAUCAAGAAUUCAACUUCA